UUCAUUCCGUUAAUAUUGCGAUUCCGGAGCCAGCAAUACCCUCUCAAGUUCCGCUGAACGCUUUGUUCUUUCAUGGCAUCCCAGAUUCCUACGUCGAAGUUCCGGUGGGAGUAAACAGUUUCUCUGCCGAAUCAUCAAUGGCAAUUUUAUUCUAUGUAUACUUUGAAGAAGCUUAUCAAACUGCAACUUUGAUUCAGUUUGAUGGUGCUGCUGGUGGAUUUGAACUUUGCCUCAAGAAUGGUGUCCUAACUGCCAUCUUUUUUUCCACCGAUGGGACGAGAUAUGAGCAUAGUGCUCCGGAUUUUCAUCUUCAGUCCAACAGUUGGCAUUUCAUUGGAGCCGAAUACAAUAAUAUGUGGGGAAUGAACGACCAGUUUGAUUUACUUCAUGUGGAUGUGUCUUCGGGAGCAAAAGAAAUACCUCGUUAUAUUUCUACACUCACUGAAUCAGGAAAUAUCCCAAACAUUGAUAUCAGUGGUUGUUUUCGCUUUGGACAAAACUUUUUGAGAAAUUCGAGCUUUAAGGGGUAUAUGUCUUGUCUUCAAUUUUACACCGUUUCUGUAUUUUCUCCCAAGGAUACCAUGAGGGACUUGUAUGAAAAGUGCGACCCCAGUGUGUGGACAACAGAGUGGGAUAUUACCGCUGAUUUUAUACCCGGAGUCUCCCCUUACUGUGUAUUGAACACAACAACACAAUUCGUGACGACAGAAUCAGACUCCACAACAACACAAUACGCAACGACGGAAUCGGACUCUACAACAACACAAUACGUGACGACAGAAUCGGACUCCACAACAACACAAUACGCAACGACGGAAUCGGAUCCCACAACAACACAAUUCGUGACGACGGAAUCGGACUCCACAACAACACAAUACGUAACGACGGAAUCGGACUCUACAACAACACAAUACGUGACGACAGAAUCGGACUCCACAACAACACAAUACGCAACGACGGAAUCGGAUCCCACAACAACACAAUACGUGACGACAGAAUCGGACUCCACAACAACACAAUACGCAACGACGGAAUCGGACUCCACAACAACACAAUACGCAACGACGGAAUCGGACUCCACAACAACACAGUACCUGACAACGGUUGAACAUAAUACUGAGCACAGUCCAAUAACACAUUCCCUAAUGACAAUUAAAAACUCACAGACAUCACCCUUCUCAGCAAUGACGUGGAUUCCGUUUCCAAUACACUCCGCUGUAUCUGCGGGUACAUUUGAACCUCCAAUUCAGCGCUGUAUUCUUUUUGAAAAGCUGUCGAUUAACCAAUCCGUGGUAUCUGAUUUGUGGAUGUUCACCUGCAGCACUAUAUCGGAGUGCUUGAGGAAAUGCAUUGGAGACGACUCGUGCGCCGCAGUUUCGGUUCAAUAUCUCAACAGUGUAAUUGUUUGUUCAGCCACAUCGGACAUUUCCACCGCAGAGAUUUCAAGUGAACAUGUCACGUAUUCUCGGCGUUUGUAAUGUACAAGAAUUAUAUACUUAUCUAUUAUAUAUGCAGUAUUUGUAUCAUGGUAUGUAUAGUUAUUUGUAUCGUGUGAUAAUCUGUUGGUACUAGUUAGUGCUAAAAACAUUUAAUCUAAGUUCAAAUUUGUAUAUCCUUAGCCCACGAGUCGUCGGACCAUAAUCAGGGAUUUGCUACCCACCCUUUUUUGUGGGCAAACAAUAUUUUAUACUAGUCUUUCUGGGUUUUGUUUACAUAUGAGUAUGCAAUAGGGGGUCAACCAUACGAUACAACUUCCUUCUGCUAGACCCCCUU